GUUAAGGAACCGGUACGGUGAACUGGUGAACUGUUAAGGAACCGGUACCGUGAACUGGUGAACCGUUAAGGAACCGGUACCGUGAACUGGUGAACCGUUAAGGAACCGGUACCGUGAACUGGUGAACCGUUAAGGAACCGGUACCGUGAACUGGUGAACCGUUAAGGAACCGGUACGGUGAACUGGUGAACUGUUAAGGAACCGGUACCGUGAACUGGUGAACCGUUAAGGAACCGGUACCGUGAACUGGUGAACCGUUAAGGAACCGGUACCGUGAACUGGUGAACUGUUAAGGACAGUUUACCGGUACUGUUGCAUCCCUAAUCAAAAUAGUUGACUUUGAAACUGGCCAAUUGCCUCGAUUUGAAUUAUGUGUUCGUCGUGCAACAAUACUAAAUCAUUUUAGUGAAAAAGUAACUGAGCAACAGGUUCUUGAUGCUGCACAACGUGGAAUUAGAGAACUGAAUCGAUAAACCAAAACGAAUUUUAUUCUGGUUGUUUUUUGUGCAACAUCAUCCAAUGAUAAUAAUCUAUUUUAUCAUACAUUAUUCAUAGAACUAAAAUCAUCAACAAAUAAUGACGACAGAUUAGAUGAAAUAUUAUUUUAACACUAAUCGAAACGUAUUUAGUAGAAAAUAAUUUGUAUUAUGGAAUAUAUCGUCAAUCAGCUAAAUUGCAACCAAUACAAAUACGUAUAUAUAAAACUGGAGCAUUUUUGAAAUUGAAGAACGGUGCUCAUACUGCACAAGUAAAAACACCACGUGCUAUUCCAAAAGUGUUACCAAUGCUAUUAGCCAUUAUGAUGGAAAAUUCAACAGAAAUUGAUAUCAUGAAAAACACUGGCUGA